GUCCACAUGCCACAAAAAUCUCUCCACACAUUCUUGCGUUUAAAACAAAGCGGGAAGAGAAAGAGAGAGCCACUCCUCCAUUUUGGUCCGCGAUCGCGCAGCUCACGGCGGCGCUGCUCUUGCCGAGGCGAUCUAUCGGUUCGAGGUAUGGGAGCUUCUCCGGCGAUGGCGAUCUACAGGAGCUGGGGUUUCUCGUGAUUCUUGGGGUUGAAGUUUACCCUCAUGGCGGCGGAUCUUCGCAGAGACUACAGCCACACGUUCCUGGAUGAGAUGACUCUCGGGGACGAGGAAAUCGACUGGGCUGCACUGAGUGGCUCUGAAGAUUUCGUGAAGGAAUUGCUUGAAAUUGGGGAGGAUUCGCUGGAAUUCUCGGCUGCCGAGGACGAGCUCCGGAACCUUCAAAGCAAGCUUAACGAGGCUGAGUCGAGAGAGUCCCAGCUCAAGAAAGAGCUCAGCGCCAAGAACAAAACUUUAAGUCAUCUAGAGGAUGCCAUGGAUCAACUCAAGAAAGAACUUCUAGAAGAAAGAGCAAGAGCAAGGGACGAAGCGGAAGACAUGGCUCAAGAAAUGGCGGAGUUGAGAUAUCAGUUGACAGAGAUUCUCGAAGAGGAACGACAGCUCCGUGCACGUACUGAGCAAGUGUCUGUUCACAGAGUUGAAGAGCUCGAGUCUCAGGUUAGACAAGCCAGAGAAGAGGCAGUAGCAGCACUGGCUCGUCGUCGGGAAGCUGAAUGCCAAGCAGAAAAGGAUCUCGAAGAGCUCCGUAAAGAACUUGAGGAAUCUCGCCAACAGCUCGAGGAGACAAAGCUGCAGGUGGUGGAACUUAAUCAGCGAGAGUGUGAGAAAUGUUCCAUGUACGUCAGAGAAGUUACAAGCCUCAAGGAAGAACUUCUACAGCUCACAUGCAAGUUCGAGGAGAAAGAAAAGGAGUACGAAAGGUUGCAACAGACAACGCAACCAGGCGAGGCCGAGGCCACAGUUAAGGAAAUCUGCGUACUUGACGAUGAGUUUCAUGGGGUGGUCGCUCCUGCCGAGGAGAAAGAGAAAGAGAUUAUUGUGCUGCAUGACGAGCAUGAACAGAGUGCUGCCAAAAACACCCUCGCGGAGGAUUCUGUUGUCAAGGAGCCGCUGCCGAUAAUAGCAGAGAAAGCGCAAGAAGCUGAGCUCGCAACCGGUGACAGCAAACAGUCUAAUGAUCCAAGCGAUGGUUUUGAAGGUCAGAUAAAUGCGUUUGAGAAGAAGCUUCAGGAUAUCCAGGCCUCAGAGAUGCAGCUUCAAGUUGAAAGGAACGAUCUGUGUCAGGAGGUGACGGAGCUGAAAAGUCUGGUUGAGCAAGUCAAGACGGAGUUGCAAGUUUCCACCGAGCGGCACACUCGAGACUUGCUGAAACACAGCGAAGAAAAGAGUUUGCUACAAGAAGAGGCGGCUUCUACACGAGCUUCUUUAGCGACCGAACUCAACCGGCUGCAACAAGCUAUUAGCGAACGAAGUCACGAGCACGAAUCCACACUUCAGGAACUCGUCAGAUGCCAAACGGACCUGGGAAAAGAGGUUGAAUCGGUUCAGCAGCUUGCAACGAAAAUCACCGUUCUUGAAGCAGAACUGCAAUCGGAAAGAGCUCUUCGAUGCGAGUCAGCCUCGAAGUGCAUGGUGCUGAGCCAGUCACUGGACGAGAAAAUGCAGAACCUUUCAACAAUGGAGGCGGAGCUUGGUGUCUCCAAAGAUGAGAAUGAAACCGUCCGGAAGGCCUUGGAGUCGGCGGAGUGCCAGCUUCUCGAGUCAACGAAAGAAAAACACUCUCUAGAGGAGGAUUUGCAGCAACUACGAGUUCUUACGCAGAACCAGGAGCAGAGAAUAAGCCGGCUUCAGCAGGAGUUGCUGUCACAGAAAACAGGAAACGCUCAGCUUGCAAAGAAAGUUGGGGAGCUAAACUCGGAGGUCUUAAUUCUCCAGCAGCAGCUCAUUACGUGCCAGACUCAAGCCUCCGAGAUGGCGAUGAAGAACGUCAUCCUGGAAGACAUGGUGGCAACGAAGAGGAAGAAGGUCAAAGAAGGCGAGGAGGCCAUUAUACAGCAGGCCGAGAAGAUUGGGAAACAGGAGGAGAAGUACUUUAGCCUCCAGGCAAAGCUUUGCGCUCUCCAGAACGACUUUUCCGCCUUGGAAGCAAAGCUGAGCGAGACGAGAAAGCGGGAGCAAGACGUCCGUACUCAGAUGGAGAGGCUGUCGCUGGAGCUGGCCAUGGCGAAACAGGAGGUUGUAAAGUCGGAGGUGAGGCUCCAGAAGGCCGUCAAACAGGUGAAGGAGCAGCACGAAGAAAGGAUCAACAAGCACAGGCAGAACGAAUGGUUUCUCAACAAGAAGAUCGAGCACCUGGAGCGAUCCGACUCCGAGAAGGAGCAGCUACAGCAAGAGCUCCGGAGGAUGAGAAGUAGCGGAGUUUAGAUGGAAGGAAGAAGGAUUGGAUUUGAUAAGAGCAUCAGCAAAACAGGAGCUUCGCGAGGUUGGAAGUUGGAGGAGUAGCAGAAAGUGGAGAAGCUCGAAAGUUUUAGAACCGGCAGGAUUUGGAGCUUGGACACUGGACUGGAAGAAAAGAUAUCCUUAAAUCUUGGAAACAGUGGAGAAGCUCGAGAGUUUUAGAACGGGCAGGAUUUGCGAGGACAGUGGACUGGAAGAAAGAUAUCCUUGAAGCCUGGAAGUUUAUGGAAAAGAUCCAAUUCGGCUGGAACUAUGGAAGGAUCGAAUUUGGAGUGAGAAACAAAGAAUUGGAAGCUAAGAACUUUGGAAGAACUGUACAAGGUUUGAAACGUUGAAAGAUUGUAACGAGGGAAGGGCCUUUUAAAA